AUGGCGCCACUGGGCUCGUCGCGAUCGUCUAGCAAGGCCAAGGCCCUCAAGGCGUUGUACGAGCUCGUCGUCAACAACUUCCUCGCCACCGUCGCGGUGGCUACUCUCGCCGCCGUGCUCCGGACGGCAUGGCCCAUCGGCAACGAUGGCCUUUACGGCUGGCUGCAAGCGGCGCGGCCAGUCCACGUCCUCACGGCGGUGAUCCUGACGGUCGCCCUCGUCAAGCUCAGGCGCAUGCGCCGGCCACGGGACGUGUACCUCGUCGAGUACGGCUGCUUCCGGCCCAAGCCGUGGUUCCGGGCGCCGUACGCCACGUGCCUGGAGCACGUGCGCCUCAUGCCUUACCUGGCCGACGAGGAAGACAUCGCCUGGGGACGGCGGCUGCUCCAGAGGUCCGGGAUCGGCGAGGAGACCUGCGUGCCGUACGCCUACCACUACGUGCCCCCGGACCGCAGCCUCGGGGCCUCCCGGGACGAGACCGAGCUGGUCAUCUUCUCCGCCGUCGACGACGUGUUCGCCAGGACGGCCGUCAAGCCCGAGGAGAUCGACGUGGUCAUCGUCAACUGCAGCAUCUUCACGCCCACGCCGGUGUUCGCCGACAUGGUCGUCAACAGGUACAAGCUGCGCGCCGACGUGCGGAGCGUUAACCUGUCCGGGAUGGGUUGCAGUGCGGGUCUCAUCUCCCUCCAGCUCGCCAAGAACCUCCUGCAGGUGGCGCCGCCGGGCACGCACGUAUUGGUUGUGUCCACGGAGAUCCUCUCGUCGCAGUACUACGUCGGCAGCAAGCGCGAGAUGCUGCUGCCCAACUGCCUCUUCCGCAUGGGCGCCGCCGCCAUGAUCCUGUCCAACUCCCCGGAACGCGCCCGGUUCCGGCUCGCGCGCAUGGUUCGGACCGUGGCCGCCGCGUUAGACGCUGGCUACCGUUGCGUGUUCCAGGAGGAGGACGACGAGGGCAACAUGGGAAUCCGUCUCUCCAAGGACCUCGUUGCCACUGCCGGUCAAACCCUCAAAAGUAACAUCGUGGCCUUCGGCCCGCUCGUCCUCCCGGUCUCGGAGCAGCUCCUCGUUGUGCUGUCGCUCCUCAAGCGGAAGCUCCUGAGCCUGCGGCGCGGGAGCAGCAAGGUGAGGCUGUACAGUCCGGACUUCCGCACGGCGUUCGAGCACUUCUGCAUCCACGCGGGCGGUCGCGCGGUGAUCGACGAGGUGCAGCGCGGACUCGGCCUGUCCGACGAGGACGUCGAGGCGUCGCGGAUGACGCUGCACCGGUUCGGCAACACGUCGAGCAGCUCGGUGCUGUACGAGCUGGCGUACAUCGAAGCCAAGGGCCGGAUGAAGAAGGGCGACCGCCUGUGGAUGAUCUCCUUCGGCGCCGGCUUCGAGUGCAACAGCGCGGCGUGGGAGUGCGUCACGCCGGCCGCCAACGCCGAUGGGCCAUGGAUCGACUGCAUCCACCGCUACCCGGUGCAGCUCCCUAAAGUCGUAGAGGGAAUAAUCUAA